GCUAUAAAUAGUCAGUAGGGCCCAAGCAAGUGGCCUUAACACAUGGAUUUCCUUCCAAAAAUGCAGACCCAUUUUAAUUAAAUUUGUGAUUAACCUUUGGGAGGGCAGGCCCCUGGCUUCAGUUUGCUUUUGGAGACACCACCAAGAUGGGAGUCUCAGCUGUGCUCAUGCUGCCCCUGCUGCUCUUGGGCAUCAGCGGCCUUCUCUUCAUCUACCAAGAGGUGUCCAGGCUGUGGUCAAAGUCAGCUGUGCAGAACAAAGUGGUGGUGAUCACCGAUGCCAUCUCGGGACUGGGCAAGGAGUGUUCUCGGGUGUUCCACAUGGGCGGGGCAAGGCUGGUGCUGUGCGGAAAGGACUGGGAGAGGCUCGAGAUCCUGUAUGAUGCGUUGAUCAGCGUGGCUGACCCCAGCAAGCAGACAUUUACCCCGAAGCUGGUUCUCUUGGACUUCUCAGACAUCAGCUGUGUCCUGGAUGUGGCCAAAGAGGUCCUGGACUGUUAUGGCUGUGUGGACAUCCUCAUCAACAAUGCCAGCAUGAAGGUGAAGGGGCCUGCCCAUAAGAUAUCUCUGGAGCUCGACAAAAAGAUCAUGGACGCCAAUUACUUUGGGCCCAUCACAUUAACCAAAGUCCUGCUUCCCAACAUGAUCUCCCGGAGGACAGGCCAAAUCGUGUUAGUGAAUAACAUCCAAGGGAAGUUUGGAAUCCCGUUUCGUACAGCUUACGCCGCCUCCAAGCACGCUGCGCUCGGCUUCUUUGACUGCCUGCGAGCCGAAGUGGAGGAAUACGAUGUUGUCGUCAGCACUGUGAGCCCGACUUUCAUCCGGUCAUACCACGUUUAUCCAGGCCAAGGAAACUGGGAGGCCUCCAUUUGGAAAUUUUUUUUCAGGAAGCUGACCUACGGGGUACAUCCUGUGGACGUGGCGGAGGAGGUGAUGCGCACUGUGAGACGGAAGAAGCAAGAGGUCUUCAUGGCCAACCCCGUCCCCAAGGCCGCCGUGUACAUCCGCACCUUCUUCCCAGAGUUUUUUUUCGCUGUGGUGGCCUGUGGGGUGAAGGAAAAACUCAGUGUCCCAGAGGAGAGUUAACUGCAGGGUCGCCCCCGAUGGGAAUAAAGUCUUUCCUGGCAGGAGCUGGAUCUUCCUUCCUCUCCCCUGGCGACCCCACACAAGCCACCCCCUAACCUGCCCUCUCCCUGGGGGACAUGCCCACCAUCCCAGUGAGGAUGGCCUGAAGUCCAGGUGUCUCCCACUCGACAGUCUCAGGACACAUUUCCAGAAGGUUCUCCACUCCACAGAGUAACAACUGAGCAGAACAACAGGAACCCUGUUGGGUGUACCCCUUACGUGCACACACACACACACACACACACACGCACACCAUGCCAUCCGUCUGCUCAGGAACCACUCAGAAAACCACCUCCACUUUAUACCAGGGAGACGCCCGCAUCAGCCUCCAGCAGCAGAAGCAGGACUUGGCAACCCUUCCAGGCAGUGACUGCCAAAUAGAAAUUCCUGUGAUGGCGGAAAUAUUCUAUAAUCUGCAUUGUCCAGUAUGGCAGCCACUAGCCACAUGUAGCAGUCGAGCACCUGAAAUGUGGC